AGUUCACUCUCUUGAGUUGUUGCUGAGGUACAGUUUGGUGAGGAGUGAAGUCUGUCUGUGAGGUGGAUCUGAAAGGAGGCCUGAGGCCUAAUCCAGCAACAUAACAUCAACUACCAGUGAACCCCACUACCCAGGUGAAAGUCAAAGCCUUGCGAUGCCACGGUAUAUGUCGGAGGUCUGGAUGAGAAAGUCAGUGAGCCGCUGCUAUGGGAGCUCUUCUUGCAAGCAGGACCCGUGGUGAACACACACAUGCCCAAAGACAGGGUCACAGGACAACACCAGGGCUAUGGCUUUGUGGAGUUUCUUAGUGAAGAAGAUGCAGACUACGCCAUAAAAAUUAUGAACAUGAUCAAACUGUAUGGCAAGCCCAUCCGAGUUAACAAAGCGUCAGCGCACAAUAAAAACUUAGAUGUUGGGGCAAACAUAUUCAUUGGUAACCUGGACCCUGAGAUUGAUGAAAAGCUUCUAUACGACACAUUUAGUGCUUUUGGGGUUAUCCUACAAACCCCCAAGAUCAUGCGAGAUCCAGACACUGGGAACUCUAAAGGUUAUGCUUUCAUCAACUUUGCCAGCUUCGAUGCUUCUGAUGCUGCCAUCGAGGCCAUGAACGGACAGUAUUUAUGUAACCGGCCAAUCACAGUCUCCUAUGCCUUCAAGAAAGACUCAAAGGGUGAGAGGCAUGGGUCAGCGGCGGAAAGGCUACUGGCUGCCCAGAACCCACUGUCACAAGCUGACAGGCCUCACCAGCUUUUCGCAGAUGCUCCUCCACCUCCUUCUGUCCCUGCUGUCAUCACUUCUCUGACUAACGCUGUUGCAGCAGGCAUGCCCGCAUUUCCCCCAGUUCCUCCACCUGGAGCAAUGCCGCCCGGAAUCCCCCCUUCAAUGCCCCCACCACCAAUGUCUCCAGUAACUGGUGCUGGUCAAGGUGGUCAUCCGCAGGUGCCAUUACCUUUCCAGUCUGGAGGUUUGCACCCUGGUUUGCAGAUGCAAGUUCCACAUCACGCCUUAGGACCUUCACCGAGUCAAAUGGGAGCACGCCCACACGGCAUGGGCCAGCCAGGCCCUCCUCCUAUGGGCAUGCCACCAAGAGGUCCACCUUUUGGAGCAAUGGGACACCCGGCAAUGCCUCCUGGUAUGCGACCACCUCCUUUAAUGCCACCACACGGGUACAAUGGACCACCCAGACCUCCGCUCUAUGGUUAUCAGAGAGGUCCUCUCCCACCACCUCGCCCUGCUCCCCCACGCCCACCAGCACCCCGCCCUCCUGCACCCAUGAGGCUACCGAUGACACAGUAAUCAGGAAAUCUGGACUACAACCACACUGUAACAUUACAGGACUUCACUGCAGUCAGGCCAUAGAACUGCACUUUUCUUCUUUGUCACUCUAGAAACCUGUUGUGUGUUUGUAUGGUUUAUAGAAUGUUGACAUCUAUGGACUCCUGUAAUGGUUGUCCCAGAAUUAUAACUUACCACCUAUCUGCAGGAUAAGUGAGAACUGUCUGAUUGCUGUGACUCUUACUGAUCAUGAGAACGAGGGUCCUGUGCCCUACCAUUUGAAUGGCGCAGUGGUCGAGCAUGUGACCCAUUCAACUCUAUGGGACUGACAGAGAUGGCUGCACUCUACUUCUCUCUUGCAGUCCCCUAGUCUUUGGAUCAGCAGCAUGCAUGCUUAAAGGGGUAUUCCGGUGGAAACACUUUUUUUUUUUUUUUUUUUUUUUAUCUGGUGCCAGAAAGUUACAGAUUUGUAAAUUACUUCUAUUAAAAAACCUUAAUCCUUCCAGUACUUAUUAGCGUCUGUAUACUAAAGUUUUUUUUUUCUUUUUGAAUUUCCUUUCUGUCUGACCACAGUGCUCUCUGCUGACACCUCUGUCAAUGUCAGGAACUGUCCAGGGCAGGAGAAAAUCCCCAUGGCAAACCUCUCCUGCUCUGGACAGUUCCUUAAAUGGACAGAGGUGACAGCAGAGAGCACUGUGGUCGUGACAGAAAAUAAAUCCAAAAAAGGAACAAACUUCCUUUGUAGUAAACAGCAGCUAAGUACUGGAAGGAUUAAGACAUUUUAAUAGAAGUAAUUCACAAAUCUGUUUAACUUUCUGGCACCAGUUGAUUUAAAAAAUAAAUAAAUAAAAUUUCCACCGGAGUCCCCCUUUAACCUCCUCUAUUCAGAUGGGGGGGGGGGGGGGGUGCAAAUGAAGAACUGGGAGUCGCAGAGAUGGACCCCAGCAGUCAGACACUUAUCAUCUAUCCUGUGUAUAGGUGAUAAAGGGAUUUCUACAGGAUCAUAUCGUAAGUCUCUUAGGGGUGACUGGUGGUUCCCACGAUAUUGUCAAUACCAACACAUUCCACCUGUGGGAACGCAUGUGAAGCCGAUGUUAAAUUACUUAUUCUCCAUCUUGAUAAGUUAACCCAGACAUAUGCUGUAUAAGGCUGUGAAACACUUUUUUUUUUUAUUUGAUGUUUUUGGUAACGCUUCUUUGUAAAUGGUAGAUUGUAAUAAAAUUACCAAAACCUC